GCGCGCAGCAAGUUCGUGUGCAGCGACGCUGAGCUGUUGCGUUGAUGUCGGUCAAUUCUGGUCGUGGCGGACUCGAGCUUGGUCAUUUAGUACCGGCUCAUGAUCGCUGACAGCGUAGAAUGGGCGGCUUUAGGGCGAGUGCGGUUUUAGUCGUCGCUUUGUUGGUUACCACUAGAGUGAGCGCGGACGCUGAACAUCAAAGGAAUGGUGAUUCUUCAAAGCCUUUUUCUAGGGAAGAGAGUGAUGAAUUGGAAAUUACAAUUAGUGAUGGUGAACUCAAAGGAAUGGAUGAGCAAACUAAUAGAAAAAUACAGUUUCCAAUAGCAGAAAUUGCUGAUGCUGUUCUAGGCACUGGAAUUCCUUCCAAUCAAGAAGCAAUAUUGUCUGUUGUUCAGAAUAUUAAAGAUGAGCGCUCUGCUUUUGAACUCAAAGACACUCAAUGCACUGAUGGGAAUGGAGACAAUGUAGAAUGCAGUAGUCCAGAUGAGGUAUUUCCCUCCCUUACGUAUAUCCCAUUUGGUAGUCAAGAGGGAGAACUGUUUACAAAGAGAGAAACCGGCAUUCUGGAACCAGUGCAAGUUGAGAAUCGAGCAGUAGAAGAAGGAAAUGCAACUGAAACCACCAGAGCACCAAAAGUUAACUGUGAAGAAAGAAAUACAACUGGAUUAGAGAACUUUGUUGUCCAAAUUCUUAAUAGCUCACAAGACCUGAUGGAUUUCCUGAAUGCCAAUGGCACUGAUUGCUCUGUAGUCCUCUUCUAUACGCCAUGGUGCCGGUUCUCAGCAGACCUUGGUCCACAUUUCAAUGCACUGCCACGGGCUUUCCCGGCAAUACAGUUUCUGGCUUUGGAUGCAUCGCAGCACAGCAGUCUUUCCACCAGGUUUGGUACGGUAGCUGUUCCAAAUAUCCUCCUGUUCCAAGGUGUCAAACCAAUGGCCAGAUUUAAUCAUACAGAUAGAACGCUGUCAACAUUGAGAGCUUUCAUUUUUAAUCAAACCGGCAUAGAAGCGAAUGAUGCUGUCGAAGUGAUAGAACAAGAUCUAAGUGGUCCACUUCCCAGUGCUGCUGUAAGAGGCAUUGACUGGCUGCUUGUCUUCUCUGUGGUGUUUGUUUGUGGUUUUAUAAUUUAUGGUACAGUGCAGUCGGAUAGUAUCAAGCGGUUGAUCACAGGACAAGAGCAUGAACAUCAAGACUGAAUUCCUACAAAUAGUGAUCAUUGCCCAUCACAAUGAGCAGCUUCACAAGAACAUGAAUGAGAAUGGAAGAUGCUCAAACAUGUCACCUUUGUAAUCAUUUGAAAGUCUUCUGUUCCACAGCAUUUGAAUUGUGUAUAUAAAUAUUCAGAAGCUAAAAGUGUUUUAUCGGUUAUGAAUAAAUAAUCCUUUCACAAA